UAAAAUGUCCAUAACACUAUUACCCACGUGGUUUGGAAUCUUAUACUACCUGCUCAUUCUCUUAAUAGAAUAUCGAAAACUGCGCUGCUUGUCACAUACUGAACGAUAUUUCAACAGUGUUAAAGUAAUACAUAUUAUAGUGUCUUAAUGAAAGUUUUACACAAUAAUUUUACCACGAUCGUAGAUACACGAGUGUAUUGUGUUUUACUACGUAGUGCUGUUGUUACAUGUAGUGAUUGAUGACAACAAGUGUGUUAAUGUUUCGACCGGUUUAAUACGAAUGGAUUUACAAAAUGAGAGGAGAAAAUCAAAUAAAAGUCAUUCGCCACAUCGUAAAGGGAAUACUACUCAUGUGCUGUUGUAUAUUCCAAACAUAAUUGAUUACUUUCGAAUUCUAUUCUUAUGUCUCUUUUGCUACGUCGCUCGAACAGACAGAUGUGCGGCAGCUCUCUGUUAUUUCGUCAGUUUUGCUCUAGACGAGUUGGACGGGAACCUAGCGAGAUAUCUUGGACAAACCUCCGAGUUUGGCAUGCUAUUAGACAUCCUGAUUGAUGAAGCGUCCGUGACGGCGUUGUGUCACGUGCUCGCCACGCUUUAUCCGGUGUACAUCCUGGCGUUUCAGAUGUUCUCAAUACUAGAUUUCUGCGGCCAAUGGAGCGUCUAUCAUUUUGCAGCGAGAUUUAGAAAUAACGACUACAAACACCAAGAUAAUUGGCUGACGAAAAUUUAUUUUAACAGCUAUGUGCCGAACCUGUUCUGGGUGUACGGAAAUCACGUGUUCCUGCUGGCCCUCUACCUGGGUCAUGGUGACCCCGGACCCACAGUCCCCAUAGCUGGCUGGCAAGUCGGACUGUGGAAUCUGCUUGCCUACCUCAGCGCGCCUUGGGCCGUGUCCCGCCUGUGCAUUAUGCUUGUCACACUCUUCGACCGAAUGUACCGUCUGGCACUUAUGCAACACCGUAGUUCGUCGCAAGGUGGCGGUGACGUCAAUGGCCACCUGACUCGGAUGACCAAUGGCAUGAAUGGAGCACAUAUCCAAAGAUUGCAUGCAAAUGAUGACUGAACGUUGAAAUAACUAGACAAUCUUUCAUGGACUGCAACGUUAUGCAAAUAUUAGUAGGAUACGUGUUUUAAAGGAAUAACGGUCCCAUGUUUCUUGGUAUUUAAUAUAAAUGUACAUGUACGCCACACUUAGGUAAUGUCAUGUGCCGGAUAUUAGGUUCCAGUUCCAUGGAUUAUAUAGCACAGUAGUUCUCUACCGUCGAAAUCACAUUAUUUGUAACGAACGAAGUGUUUUCAAAUUGGACAUUGUUUAAUAGAAUUCACCACGUGGCACGUUGUCUGUUUUGUAUCCAAAAUAUAAAUGAUAUGUUACAUGUUAUUGCAUUGUGUACGAAUAAAUAAAAAUGUGAAAACGUC